CAGCCAGAACGGAGAGGCCCCGCCCCUUUUAUCCAACGUGUCCGCGGACGUGAUGGCGUCAUCUAACCACGCCUUCUCUUACGUCCAGGAUCAUGGCGGCGCCCUACGCGAGAGACUUCCAUGCGUAAAUGUAAUGCUUGUAGUUUUAAAGUGAUCCGCAUAAAGACAGGAGAAAGAUGCCAGCUGCACUAAACCUCAGCAAUGAGGUGGUGAAGAUGAGAGCCGAGGUGAAGCGGGUGAAGGUGCUCAUCAUUCGCAAACUCACUCGCCAGAUCAUGGCUCUGAAGAAGAAGAAAGGGACUGAAGCCGACCUGGAGAGGAACCAGAGGAGAGCGGCAAGGUUGCUCGAGGAGAUCCAUGAACUGAAGGCACUCGCACCAGACAGCGUUACCAAGGCUGCCCUGCAGAGUGACAUCAGCUUUGAGAAAGUGUGCCAGAGUAAAGACUCCAGCCUUUCAGAACGCGCCACAGCCCGCAUUGCCACACACCCCGAGUUCAGCAAGAAAAUACAGAGCAUCAAAAAUGCCGUAGAAGCCUUUAAAGCAGAGAGGAUAAGUGCUGAGAGAGCUGAAAAGAAGAAAGAUAAAAAAUCUAGAGACGUUGACCAACAAGAGAGAGAAUCAAAACUAGAUAGUGAUGACGAAGAGGGCUCAGAGGAAGAUGAUGAUGAUGGCGAUGAUGAUGAUAUCGAUGAUGAUGGCGAUGAUGAUAGCGAUGAUGAUGGUGGUGGUGGUUCCUCUCAAAAGGUCCAGAAAGCAGAUGAAGAUAAAUUAAAGGAACCAACAAAGCAGAAUAAGGAUUCAGUCACAGCAAAAGAGAGCUCCUCCGAAACAGGCAGCACUCCAGCUGAGGUGGUGAGGAUGAGGAAGGAGGUGAAGAAACUCCGGGUGCUGAUUAUCCGGAAUCUCACUCAGCAGAUCACCAGUCUCAAGAAGGCAAAAGCUGACGAGUCUGAGCUCAAAGGGAACAUGGAAGGGGUGGCACGGCUGCAGAAAGAAGUGCAGGUUUUGAGGACGCUUCUACCCGACCUCGUUACCACCAGAGCCCUCGAGGGGAGCAUUGAUAUGGAGAAAGUGUUCCAGGAUCCAGAAUCUAGUGUGAUAGAGAGAGCGACGGCACGGAUCUCCACACACCCACGCUUCGUGAAGAAGCUUCAAGAUGUCCGACAAGCCAUUGAAGAGGAGAAGACAAAAGCUGAAAAGGCUGGAGAAAAGAAUAAGGAUGUUAGUGAGGUGAUGAAGGCUGAAGAUAGUGAUGAUGAGGUUGAAGAAGAGGAGGUAGCUAGUGAUGACAGCGAUGAUGAUGAUGAUGAUGAUGACGAUGAGGAGGAGGAGGAGGAGGAGGAGGAGAAAGAGGAGGAGAAAGUAAAGGAGACACAUCCGACCCUGAAGGUAAUUCCAAGGUCUAAUGUUGGAAAGCCACCAGAGGACACCAAGUUGGCUUCUACGAAAGAGAAAUCAAAAGGAGUAGAGCUGGAAAAAGCUGCGAGAAGUCCUGCAAAUCCGAAAUCUAGCUCCAAACCAGCUGUCAAAGCGGUCCAGAGUCUGCCAUCCAAGAGCAAAGAAGCAGCACCACCACUGAAACAAGUCUCCAAACCUGACACCAAGCAACCAGGAACCAGAAAGGACAAAGAAGAGUCGGAUUUGUCUGAUUCUGAUGAAGAGAAAGAGUAUUUCGACGACAGCACUGAAGAACGUUUCCACAAGCAGUCUUCUUAUUCAGAGCAGAGCGAUGACGAUGACUUCUUCCUCGGCAAAGUGAGCAAGCUGAAGAAGAAGAAAAGCGACACUGCACCCAGAAAGGAGAAAACAAACGAUCCUAACAAGGCUCGAGAGAAAGAAGCUAGCGAGACACCUCAGUUCAAAAUGCAGUCAGUCUUCUGCUCCACUCUGUCCAAAUCCAGCAGUUCCUCUCAGAAGGGUAAACACAGUGGUCCAAAUCCACCACGUUUCCAGAACCAGAAACGUUCACAAGGUGACGAGAAACCAUCAUGGGUUAAAAGCCAAGGUUCUGGAAGGGAAAAAAGGCCUCCGGGAUUUAAAAAUCAGAUGCCUGGAUCCAGAGAGAGUUCAAAGCAGAAAGGUCCAGGAGGAGAUAAAACUGGUAAACCUGCAUUUGAGCGGAAAAACACUCCGGUUAAUAAAGCAGCGAGGCAUUCCCAGCAGGCCCUGCAUCCGUCAUGGGAAGCCAGCAGGAAGAGGAAGGAGCAGCAGGCUCAGAUCACAGCCUUCCAAGGGAAAAAGAUCAAAUUUGAUGAUGAUGAUUAACAUCUCUCAGGAUCAUUCUUUAUUUGUUAAGACAUUUACACUGAUUUCCACAGUGACAGAGACGAUAUUUGUCUUACUCUAUGUUUCAAAUCAAGGUUCCUUCAUUCAUUCAUUCAUUCAUUCAUGUUGACAUGUUAGGAUGGUUUAAGACCUUUUCAUAGCUGUAUGUAUAAAUCCUGAAUAAAAUGUAAAUAUGUGUUUUC